AUGGCACCUGAAAAACGAAACCACUUCCUUGACGCGGACGAGAGCGACGAUGAGCAAAGCCAAGGUUACAACUCAGAGGCGGAGGAAUUGACCAAAGGCGGGCGGUCAGCCAAGCGGAGGAAGAUCGGGUCCGACAGCGACAUUGAGGAUGACGAUGACUUUAGCGAUCAAGAAGAGGAGGAUCACUCGGUCCUGUCACCGACCCAACAAUUACAAGACGAGGACGGCGCAUCGGCGCAUGGUGCUACAAAACAACGAGACGGAGACGAGGGAGACGAGGAAGAUGGCGCAACUUCGCGACCAAAGAAGUCCAAAGAUGUCGGCCCUAAACUGCGCACAGAUGCUGCAAAUCCACUGAAGAAGAACCUCGUCGUCACAGACAAGCAAAUCAAGAAGUCGGGCGUUGUAUACCUGUCGCGCAUCCCACCAUUCAUGAAGCCGUCGAAACUACGCUCCUUGCUGGUUCCAUACGGAAAGAUCAACCGCAUUUUUCUCUCGCCCGAGGACCCAGAAGCCCGCAAGAGGCGACUCAAGGCUGGAGGUAACAAGAAGCGCUGCUUUGUGGACGGUUGGGUCGAGUUUCUAGACAAGAAGGACGCAAAGGCGGUGGCAGAGGUACUGAAUGGACAAACCAUUGGUGGAAAGAAGGGGUCAUACUACCGGGAUGACAUAUGGACACUGUUGUAUCUGAAAGGGUUCAAGUGGCACAACUUGAUGGAGCAAAUCGCAGCAGAGAACCUGGAGCGUGCAAACAGGAUGCGGGCAGAGAUUGCCCGGUCGACCAAGGAGAACAAGGAAUUUGUCAGGCAAGCCGAGAGAGCAAAGGUAUUGGAGGGUAUACAGUCCAAGAAGAAGGCCAAGGGCCAGGACGAGCAAGUUGACAAAGCACAUAUCGAUGGUGGGGCUGUAAAGUCAAGGUCGAUGAAGUUUGAGCAGGUUCAUGUGGCUUCCAAGAAAGAAACGACAGAACCUCCAGCCCAGGCGCAGAAGACGCUACGGACACUUUUUUAG